AUGGCUUCAGAAGAUGAAGAUGACUAUAUGAAUAUGGUCAUUGAGGAACCCACUCAAAAGGAGACCUUCACCCAAAAAAAGCGCCGCGAACUACGAGAGGCCGAAGCCCGAGGUCGAGUCCCAUCCAAAGCCGAACGCGCCGCUCGGGAAGCCGCCCGCCGAGAGGAAGCCUUGGCCACAAGCACCCUCAACCCAACCAACAAAGGAUUCCAAAUGAUGGCAAAGCUUGGGUUCAAGCCUGGUGGGGUACUAGGCAAACCUGCUACCAAUCACUCUGACACUACCAACACUACCGAUUUCCUAAAAUCACGCGCUGAACCGCUAAACCUAACCUUGAAAGAAAACCGCGGUGGAAUCGGGUUGGACACGGAGAAAAAGCGCAAGCUCCGUGAGGAAGCAGAAGAAGCAGCAAAGAGAAUCAAACAUGAAGAGGGAAGUUACCGAGAUCGCGUUCGUGAAGAGCGCGAGUUGAAACGCAUCGAAGCACAGGUGCGCGCGGCGCAGAAAGUUGCAGAGAGGCUGGAUGGGGAAUCGGAGAGUGGGGCUACCGCCGACGAAGAGAAAGAACAAGGAAUAGGGUCCUCAGCCAAGUCCAACAAAGAAGAAGAAGGUGACUCCACAGAUCCUAGUCAAGCACGCGACGGGCGCGACGUCCCCACGACAAAGAAGCAGCCAAUCAAGCUCACAUCCCAAAUCAAUGUCCUCUACCGCGGUCUUAUCCGUGAGCGCGAACGGAACGAUAGUGACCGCCAGGCACGCCAUGCUCUCCACUCCUCACUUCCUUCAUCCUUUUUCCCCAAACUACGACUACCAGAAUACGACGACCCGACUAUGGACCGGGAGGAUAAAAAGGCCCUUGACCGUGAACUGGACAGUGAACUGGAUCAGAAUACCUCCACACUGGAGAUAGAGUUGGAAGAAGACGAUGAGGAGCUCGAUGCCUUCAAUGCGCUAGAGCCAGCUGAGCGGCUACGCAAGGUGGUCCUCUUUCUGCGCGAGAAAUAUCGGUAUUGCUUCUGGUGCAAAUAUGCCUACGAAACCGAUCUUGAGUUGGAAGGGUGUCCUGGCCUGACCGAGGAAGAUCACGAUUGA